AUCCAAGAAGAAUUCUGGGUGCCUGUCUUUCUGUCUGUCUCUCUAUCUGCUCCGACCUUAGCGAUAGGCUAUAGCACCCUUCGCACAUAUAUCUCUCUCUCAAGCGCACGCACCAACAUAUACAUACACAUAUAGAUAUGUAAUAUAAACACACUAUUUGAAAACUGAUUUUGCUUUUUAGGGUUUCGAAAUGUCAUCGGUGGAGUCCUUACGUCCAAUAUUUCACCAAAACAUCCAUUUGAAUUCGUAUCAGAGACUCUAUCAUUGCCAUGGAUUACGCUUCUUUCGCUCUCAGUUCAAGGGUUUUCACCAAAACGCAAGCCGUUUUAUCCCUAAUUCUCUACCUUUUUCCUCAGCGGAACCGUACGGACCAGCGACCAGAUUUUCGAAGAGUUCGGGGAGGUUCAAUCUUUGGGGAGAUUUCGGGUUCAGAAGGAAUCGGAUUCGGGCGAGUACUAAGGACAGCGAUUCGGCGGCCGGUUCGAGCGGGACGAGCGAGAGCGAGAGCAACAAGAACUCGCAGAAUUCGAGCUCUUCUUCGGCGUCGAAUAGGCGAAAAGAGAAGCAAGGGAAAGGGAAUGUGUGGUGGCCCAAAGGGAAAAAAUGGCAGUGGCAGCCGAUAGUUCAGGCUCAGGAGAUUGGGGUUUUGCUCUUGCAAUUAGGGAUUGUGAUUUUCGUUAUGAGGUUGCUCCGCCCCGGGCUUCCGCUUCCGGGUUCGGAGCCUAGGACUCCGACGACCUUCAUAAGCGUUCCGUACAGUGAUUUUUUGAGCAAGAUAAAUAGCAAUCAGGUGCAUAAAGUCGAGGUUGAUGGGGUUCACAUUAUGUUCAAGUUGAAGUCCGAGCCGGCAAGUCAGGAAAUUGAGGUUGUGGGAGCGAGUAGCAGCAAGUUGCAGGAGUCCGAGUUGUUGCUCCGGAGCGUGGCGCCGACGAAGAGGAUCGUGUACACGACGACGCGGCCGAGUGAUAUAAAAGCCCCGUACGAGAAGAUGCUUGAGAAUGCGGUGGAGUUUGGGUCACCGGAUAAGCGGUCCGGUGGAUUCUUGAACUCUGCAUUGAUAGCUUUGUUUUAUGUUGCUGUGCUUGCAGGACUUCUCCACCGGUUUCCUGUAAGCUUUUCUCAGCAUACGACUGGUCAGAUUAGGAACCGCAAAUCUGGAGGUUCUAGUGGUGCAAAAGCAUCUGAACAAGGUGAAAUGAUUACCUUUGCUGAUGUUGCUGGUGUUGAUGAGGCUAAGGAGGAGCUUGAAGAAAUUGUGGAAUUUCUUCGGAAUCCAGAUAGGUAUAUACGACUUGGUGCUCGACCACCUAGGGGUGUUCUCUUGGUGGGUCUUCCUGGGACAGGUAAGACUCUUCUAGCAAAGGCUGUGGCUGGGGAAGCUGAAGUGCCCUUUAUAAGUUGUUCUGCUAGUGAGUUUGUAGAAUUGUAUGUCGGCAUGGGUGCCUCCCGUGUGAGAGAUCUAUUUGCACGGGCAAAGAAGGAGGCACCGUCAAUAAUAUUUAUUGACGAGAUUGACGCUGUAGCAAAAAGUCGUGAUGGAAAGUAUCGUAUUGUUAGCAAUGACGAGAGAGAGCAGACCUUGAAUCAGCUGCUCACUGAGAUGGAUGGGUUUGACAGCAACUCUGCUGUGAUUGUUCUUGGAGCAACUAAUCGCUCAGAUGUCUUAGACCCUGCACUUCGCCGACCAGGGAGAUUUGAUCGAGUGGUUAUGGUAGAAACACCAGAUAGGUGUGGAAGAGAAGCCAUUUUAAAAGUACAUGUUUCCAAGAAAGAACUUCCUUUAGCAGAGGAUGUUGUCCUCGGUGACAUUGCUUCUAUGACUACUGGUUUUACUGGGGCUGAUCUUGCAAACUUGGUAAAUGAAGCUGCUUUAUUGGCUGGAAGACAGCGGAAAGUUGUCGUGGACAAAAUUGAUUUCAUUCAAGCAGUGGAAAGAUCAAUAGCUGGCAUAGAGAAGAAGACUGCUAAGUUGCAAGGAAGUGAGAAAGCUGUAGUUGCACGGCAUGAAGCUGGUCAUGCAGUAGUAGGUACUGCUGUUGCAAAUCUUCUUGUUGGACAGCCGCGUGCUGAGAAGCUAAGCAUAUUGCCAAGGUCAGGAGGGGCACUAGGCUUUACUUAUACUCCUCCAACAACUGAAGAUAGAUAUUUGCUGUUCAUUGAUGAGUUACGAGGCCGCUUGGUUACUCUUCUUGGAGGUCGUGCAGCUGAAGAAGUGGUUUAUUCAGGUCGUGUGUCAACUGGUGCACUUGAUGAUAUACGACGAGCAACUGACCUGGCAUACAAGGCAGUAGCUGAAUAUGGUCUUAAUCAGACCAUUGGCCCUGUUUCUAUAGCCACGCUUUCGGGUGGUGGGAUUGAUGAAUCUGGAGGAGGAGUUCCUUGGGGAAGGGAUCAGGGGCAUCUUGUUGAUCUUGUUCAAAGAGAGGUGAAAGCAUUGUUGCAAUCUGCUUUGGAAGUAGCACUUACUGUUGUACGUGCUAAUCCUACUGUCUUAGAGGGGCUUGGUGCCCAUUUGGAAGAUAAAGAGAAAGUUGAAGGUGAAGAUCUUCAAGAGUGGUUGAAAUUGGUCGUUGCACCAGCAGAACUUAAAGUUUUUAUUGCAGGCAAGCAAGAGACUCUUCUCCCACUUCAGACAGGCUCAUGAUAACAACUGUUGCUUAUUCUUCUUAAUGCCAAGUGAAAAAUGGAGUCAAUUGACACAGCUUCUAGCCAUUGAUGCCAUCAUCGAUGAACUCAUCCUCCAGAUUGGCCUUGGCUCACACUUACAUCUCUGUAUAUUUCAGUUAGGUAAAUUUUGGCUUCGUUAAUCAGCAUCUACCAUCAUGUGCCAUGUCUUAUCUCACAAUUUACCUGAUUAAAACAAGAUAAAGUGAAAAGGCUGAAAGAGUUAUAUUGGUCAGCCUUCUCAAGUAUCUCUCACCUUAACUUUUAACAAGUGUGGGUAUCGAAGCUUUUGUACAUUGGCGAUCAUUUAAGUCAUAUAGAAUAUGGAACUGACAAGAAAGAAAUGCCACCAUCUGCAAUGUAAUUCUAUUCAUUUGUAUAUGUUAUUGUUAUGUGAAUUACAUACUGCUCCACAUGGUUCAGAAAGUCCAGACGAACGCUGUUGAUCAUGGGAGCUACAAAGGCUCUGAAAUCUUCACCAGAUUUCCCUCUCUAUUUUUAUUCGGUGUUAUAAGCUC